AUGGACGACUUCAGCAGAAAUGGCGUCAUCUCUGAUGGUAUGGAUAAUCGCACAGCUUUGGAGACUUCAGCUAUACUAACAUCAGUGAGCAAAAGAGAUAGAAAACGGCAUCAGAUAGGCACCAGGCUCAGCAAACUAGAGGCAACCUUCAGCGAAGAAAGAAAUGAGUACUACCGUAUCAUGGUUCACGAUAUCCAGACGGCUCUUACUGGAAUCCAGCAAGGUACUGACGAGGAGUACUUGAACAAGAAACAAGUGCUUGAAGAAGGAAGAGACUAUGAGCUCACUAGGUUACGUCUUUGGGAAGAGUACCAGGUGAAGCGAGUGGAGACAGAGUACAAGAAGGAUAUCGCGAAGGCCAAGGAGAACUAUGAUACGAUGAUCAAGCUUCUCAAGGAGAAGUUCUUCGAUAAGCUUCAGAAACAAGUCAAGCAGCUCAAGGAAGAUAAGCUCCUACUCAACCUAGUGAAUGCCAGUCUGUGGAGCACACAGGGAGGUAACGACCAGAACAUCUCUGCUCUAAGUGCAGCAGCUGCCUCGUCGUCUCUCAAUAUCAACGACCGUCGUUCGCUUCGAAAGCGUGAGUUCUCAUCGCGUUUCACGUCGGGAGAGGCUGAUGAUUUAUCCGAUUCGGGAUUUGGCACGUCCAACGGUAAUGGCUUUCUUAGGAAUUCUGGCUCUGGAGCAGGCUCUGCGGGCUACGCAUCGUCUACCAACAAAAGAAGAAGGCAUUAUGCUACCAGAUACUCUUCCAACGACGAGAUGUCUUCAGGUAUAACGAGUACAGGCAAUGGCCCUCUGAGCAGCCACCUGAUGAAGCAUGCUAACAGUAACGGAGCCAGCAGUGGAAACGACAGCAAUCUCAGCGACAAGGACUACGACGAGCUUAAUAGUCUCAUCAUGAACAACGAAGAAGGAGGCGCCUCGAAUAUUUUAGCCCGCAGCACAAGCAAAAACAAUGGCCGGGCUAACACUCGUGGCUCAAGCAAGCAAUUUGUCGGCGUACAAGGCUUAAAGGUUGAGGAGCUCAACGACGACUUGAACCUUCUUCGGAACGCCAUCAGUGUCAAGAGAGAAAACAAGUAA